GGGGGCCAUCGCCGCGCGCGCGCGGGGCUGGGCGCAGCAGCUCAGCGGGCGCCCUCUUGCCUGGGCCAUUUUGCAGUGUCAGGCUGCGCGUCGCGCCGCUUGUGCCUCGCCGGCUGCAGCCCCCUUCCCGCGCGGUGCUCUGAGCCCCUCUAUCUCCCCCCCGCCUCCACCACCGCCACUUGCCCAAGGCAGAAGCAGCUGCAGCAUGUCAGGCUCGGGCAGGAAGGACUUUGACGUGAAGCACAUCUUGCGCCUUCGCUGGAAACUAUUCAGCCACCCAUCGGCGCCGGCCGGGCCGGUGGCCGGCGGCUGCUUGCAGCCGGACGGCAGCUUCGAGCACUGGGGGCCGAGCCAGAGCCGCCUGCUGAAGAACCAGGAGAGGGGCGGCAGCGCCUUCUGGAAGAAAUCCUCUUCCUCCAGCCCGCUGAACGGGACCCUGCUGCCCGCCACCAGGCAUGGGCUGGGCCAGCGGCCGUCGCCCAGGACCGUCUUCUACGUGGAGACCCUGGAGGAGGAGGAGGUGCGCGGCGGGAUGGAGCUCACCCGAGAGCAGGAGAAGUCGCUGAUGCUGCAGGAGAUGAAGGAGGAGCCGGCGGACUGUUCGGACUGCAGCAGCCAAGCAACAGGUGAAGGAUGUGGACACAGGUUGUCAGCAGUCGGCCAUCCCCUGACACCUCAAUGUGAUGUGGACUCCAGUAGCUCUGAGGAGUUCUAUCAGGCAGUACACCAUGCUGAACAAACCUUCAGAAAGAUGGAAAGCUACUUGAAGCAACAGCAACUCUGUGAUGUUAUCCUGAUUGCUGGGAACCGUAGGAUACCUGCACAUAGGCUUGUUCUCAGUUCUGUCUCUGACUACUUUGCUGCCAUGUUCACAAGUGAUGUUUGUGAGGCCAAGCAAGAGGAGAUCAAAAUGGAAGGCAUAGACCCUAAUGCGCUGUGGGAUCUUGUUCAGUUUUCAUACACAGGUUGCUUGGAAUUGAAGGAGGACACCAUUGAAAACCUUCUGGCAGCUGCCUGCCUCCUUCAACUCCCACAAGUAGUGGAGGUUUGCUGCCAUUUUCUAAUGAAGCUUUUACAUCCAUCCAACUGUUUGGGAAUACGAGCAUUUGCUGAUGCACAGGGGUGCACAGAUCUUAUGAAGGUGGCUCACACCUACACCAUGGAUAACAUAAUGGAAGUUAUUAGAAAUCAAGAGUUUUUACUACUGCCGGCUGAGGAACUACAUAAACUUCUUGCUAGUGAUGACGUGAAUGUUCCUGAUGAAGAGACUAUUUUCCAUGCCUUAAUGAUGUGGGUUAAAUAUGACAUGGCGAGGAGAUGUAGUGACCUCAGUAUGCUGCUUGCCUAUAUCAGAUUACCUCUGCUUCCACCACAGAUAUUGGCUGACCUAGAAAAUCAUGCACUUUUUAAGGAUGACUUGGAAUGUCAGAAGCUAAUUCUGGAAGCUAUGAAAUACCAUCUUUUACCGGAAAGAAGAACUCUAAUGCAAAGUCCAAGGACUAAACCUAGAAAAUCUACAGUUGGAACACUGUAUGCUGUUGGAGGAAUGGACAACAACAAAGGUGCUACAACUAUAGAGAAGUAUGAUCUCAGGACAAAUAUAUGGAUCCAGGCCGGAGUGAUGAAUGGCAGGAGGCUGCAGUUUGGUGUGGCUGUCAUUGAUGACAAACUCUUUGUUAUUGGAGGCCGGGAUGGUUUAAAGACAUUAAACACUGUUGAAUGUUACAAUCCAAAAACCAAGGCUUGGACUGUCUUACCCCCAAUGUCAACACAUAGACAUGGUUUAGGUGUUACAGUACUUGAAGGGCCUAUUUAUGCAGUGGGUGGCCAUGAUGGCUGGAGUUAUUUGAACACGGUUGAGAGGUGGGAUCCACAAAGUCAGCAGUGGACAUUUGUGGCAAGUAUGUCAAUUGCCAGAAGCACUGUUGGAGUGGCAGCAUUAAAUGGCAAGUUAUAUUCAGUUGGAGGUCGCGAUGGAAGUUCGUGUUUGAGUUCAAUGGAGUAUUAUGAUCCUCACACAAAUAAAUGGAAUAUGUGUGCUCCGAUGUGUAAGAGAAGAGGAGGUGUAGGUGUGGCCACAUGUGAUGGCUUUCUCUAUGCAGUUGGAGGCCAUGAUGCUCCUGCUUCUAACCACUGUUCCCGACUGCUGGACUAUGUAGAAAGAUAUGAUCCAAAAACUGAUACUUGGACAAUGGUGGCUCCUUUGAGUAUGCCUCGAGAUGCAGUUGGUGUCUGUCUUCUUGGUGAUAAAUUAUAUGCAGUGGGUGGAUAUGAUGGCCAGACAUACCUGAACACUAUGGAAUCAUAUGACCCUCAAACUAAUGAAUGGACGCAGAUGGCUUCCCUAAAUAUUGGAAGAGCUGGUGCCUGCAUCGUAGUCAUCAAGCAACCGUGACUUUUUCUGCACAGCUUUGGAUUUUACUGACUGUGAAAUGUUUAUUUUUCUAUCAGACAACAAGACUGAUAACUCUGUGAAAAAAAGGAUUUUCAUAGUGAAUACUCUGUUGAUCACAAAGUUGAGAACAUUUGAAAAUGGGAAAGAUUAAGGAUUUAUGCCCUGUCCAGUCAUUAGAAACUGUUCACAGUCAGUGAACAAGAAAAAAUCAGUCUGUUGUAGGAGCACAUGUAUAAACAUACAGUAGUAAGUUCAGGUACUGUUCUUGAGAAUGUGUACUGCAGAGCUGCAGAAUUGGAAGCACCCAGGGCUAGCUCUUCAGAAGGAGCAGAAGGGAUAUGAGAACAGUUUUCGUGAAACACAGAGGUGUUUGACUGUGGAACCAUCACAGCACAUUCAGUUGCUUUUUCAACUUUGGUUUUAUUAAAAGGAGAAGUAGAUAUAAUGUGAUGUUUUUCUGUCAAGAUCUUAUCUUCAAAGGGGUCCUGGCUUUCCCUUUUAGACAUGCGGUUAGACAAGGAGAGGGAAUUAGUUCUUAUUAAAGUAAGGAGGAAAGGUUGAAAGGUCUGAAUAUUUCAGCACUCUUCCUCGUUCAAAAUGAUUAAGCUGCUUCUAUACAGUCUGUGGGGAAGUAAAUGGAAAAAAAAACAACAACACAAUGCUUGUUUCAGUAACUUUGGACUGUCCCUCCCUGUCAGAGUUGGGAAUCAGAGGUUGCACUGAAAUCAUAUACUGAGAAUUAGCACAAACUCAAUGCAGAAAGAAGAGCAAGCUUUUUAGCCCCAUUGGGACUUUGUUGCAAAAAACAUGAGUCCAAGGACAUGUCUCAUAAAUCUAUCUUAAGCUUGUAUUCAAAUCAAGCAUGUGGGUUCUGGUCACAUUAAAUGCUUUAUGCAUCUUCUGCAUGUGGAAGCCCCUGGAAGCCUGGAAGACAGCUACUUCUAUUCUAUUACAUCAUUUAACAGAUGAAACAUGACUCGGCAAUGGAAAAUGUUUUGACCUAAUUUGACAGAAACCUCAUUGCAGAUAGACAAGAGGGAUAAAACUGUCAUUACAUUUUCUUUUUUUCAAAACCACACACUCAACUUGGUCUGAUUCUAGCUGCAUAAAAGCCUUCAAUUUUAUUACUGAAAGUCAUUGCAAGUAAGGGAUGGAUUAGAAAUGUACGCUAGUAGAAUAAGACAAUAUUAGACCAUCAUGAGCUAAUGAAUUCUGUAUAGAAAAUGUACUAGACCCUUGUGUGCUUCCCGUUAAGGUUGAUCAAUUACAGUAAUAUAGCGAUAUCACGCUUUUGAGUCAGCAAUAGUGCUGAGUUUGGUAUUUUCUAAUUGCUCAGUUGAAUCAGUUUAAAACCUAAUGGAGGGUGAGGAUCCCAGAGAUCAUGGCAUUCAAGGAGGCAGAGGAGCUGUGGGGAAUGGGCCUACUGGUAGAGAACAAUCUUUUUCUCUGGACCAAUGCAGAUCUAUUCGGAAAAAAGUGUGUAGUUCGAUUACAGAAGUUACAUAGUUCGUAACCGUUCAGAAUGAUUCUGACCUGGUUUGCCUUUAGCUGCUUUGAAGGCAAUUCUGGCUGCAGGCAAGACUGUUUAGCAUUUGGUCAGAAGAGAAACCUUUGAGACCACUUGGGUUGCCAAGUGUAUAACAUUAAAGGUUUAGUGACGUGUGGUUUAAAGACGUGCCGUUUGGUAAAGAGCUGCAGUGAUAAUGUCAUGCUGUCACUGAGUGACCUGACCCAACAUGGAUGUCACUGUUUCCUGAGUAUGUGAUAGCAUGAACCAACUUUCCAAUCAAGGCAUAGAUGCUGGUUUGAUCUUUGUGCUCUUCUCUGUGCUAGUGUGAAGGCAGUUGCAAAUGUCUGAGUGUAAGCUCCACACAAACAUUUGGCUCUUGAAUUACAGUUAGUCUCAGUAGCCGGCAAGGCCAAGCAGUCUUUAAGGGUGGUAUGAAACUAGAAUCCUACAAGCUAAAUUUAGGAAUAAACCCAGGUUUUUUUAUGUGACUGUACUACCAUUCACUGGGACUUAGAGUGGGAAAAGGUAAUGGUCUGGUGUCUUCCCACUCUUUUCCCCAUCCAAAAAAGAGUUGAUAUAUUCCAGCUUUUUUCUUUUGUCAAGCUAUUUCAUUUUUCAGCCAACAGUGGUGAGAAGUUGCAGUAUGACAUAGCUAUAUAAACAGUAAAACCUACCAUUAUUUGAAUGAAAAUUUAUAUAAAUAUUAAACUAUUUCAGCUCAACUACCAAAUGUACACCAAUUGCAAGUAGUUUCCUUCUGUUUUACUAGUCGUAGGAACAGAUAACUAGCAGGUUAAAGUGAAACUCACCCUGUGCACAGGGCCAUCUCAGGGCCAGUAGAUCACAUAAAUCACAAUUAAGCCCUACUCUUAGGGUUUAGGUAGGAUUUAAGUGGUGUAUAAGUCCUUUGCUGACCCUUGGUAGAGGAGUAAAUAGCAUCCUGAAUAAUUUGAGAUUUUAAAUGAGGUUUUGAAUUAAUUCCAUUUUCUAAUAAUAUCUCAGUUCCCCUUAAGUGGAUCAAUUAGCUUGUUGUAAUAUCUACUUAACUGAUGAUAUGGCUAUUUGAAGGUAGGACAGGGAACAACCAAGUAAAAUAAGAAAUUCAAAUAUUUCAUAAUGCAUACGUUUUUCUUUUUAAAAAAGGUUCCUUUUUCUGCUAGUAAUAGAUAGAAUAUUAUUAAAACAGAAUUUUUGUCAUAUUAAAAUCUGCAUAUUAUACACCUAAAUAUGUGCUUUUAAAAUAAAAAUAAUGAGAUUUUUAAAAAUACAACUUGGAAGCUAAAAAUAAAUAAAAUUCCAAGUGCACCUGUAGAGACAAACAAAUGAUCUUAAAUGAGCUUUUAAAUUCAACCUCCACAAUUUCCCCCAAGUACUUUAUAUGCAGUAUAGAAUUGAAAUAUGAAUAGCACCCCUGGAUAUUAACCUUCAGAAAAGAAUUACCAUACAUUUACUCCAGAUAUGUUGAGGUUUGUAUUGUAACUCUGCUUUGCUCAUUUUUAUCCAUGAUUUUUCUCAUACCCUUUUGUACAUUCCCUCUUUAUUUUUUUCCAUUAUUUUCUCUUUUGUAAUCUCUCUGUACUUUCUCUACUUGGCUAACUAUUCUCUCAUCCAAAAUUGCAACUUUCUCCACUGUUCCUUACUUACAACAAAGGUGGAAGACUGUGAUUCUUGAUCUAUCUUUAUUAUAUUUAUACUCGUGCAGGUCCAUAUACAAUGUAGAUUAAAGGCCAAAAUUGACCCACCCUCAGUUUCUGUAUGUCAGUACAGCUUUUUGACUUCAGAGUUGUUGCAUGAAUUUUAUUAAGGGAGAAGAGUUUGGGUGGGAUUUUUCAAAAGUUCUCAGUGUUGGCUUAACUCUGCUCUUGUUAUGUCAAUGGAAAUUUUGCAUUUGACUUCAAAGGGAACAGAGUUAAGCCAACACUGAGUGCUUUUGUAAAUCUUACCCUUAAGGUUUAUAGUCCAUAUACCCCCAAAGAAAAUAAUCAGUUAGGGAAUAUACUGGCUUUAAAGCUAUUCAUGUUAACUUGUGUUGAAGCAAACAGUAAUAACUUUGAAGGAAUAGUAGAUGUGCCAAUAUAUUUCAAAGGCCAGAUCCUGCCUCCUUUAUUCAUGUUGAAUAAUACCUUUCUCUGCAAGUAGUAGUAAGUAAGGUAAAGUAAAGUAAAGUAGAUAAAUUGCAGAUUUAAUCACAUAGUGCAAAAUGGAAUUACUAACUGGUUAAUUUGAAAAACAAAACAAAACACCCUCUUGCUUAUGAGACAGAGAAAACAAGAUGCAAUGGGCACCACAAAAGAGAAUAAUUUGAGGAGUGAGGUGAUUAUGGUGGUGGUUGUGUGUUGGUUGUUUAUUAACUCAUUGCUUGUAGGUGUCAUAAAAGGAUGGAUAAGGAGUGAUCUGAAAGGCUGCUUGGCAAACCAGGACUGAGAAACAAUCUCAUAGUAAACUCAGUUUUCCAAGAGAGGGUCCAAUCCAGCAAGCCUUCUAUCUAUAUGACAUCACUUGAUGCGGGCUCACAGGAUUGGGAUCUCUGUUAAAUUACUGUAUAGUCUGUCAUAUUGCUAUUGCCGGUGGUGCAUGAUAUAAUAUUGAUCACAGACCAAUAGCUAAAGAUCACGUUGGAUUGUAGUUAUCUAAAUAUGUUUUAUUUGGGAUAUUUUUGGCUCAAUUUGAAUAGAAAGUCUGUAAAUUAAAAUAAGAAGUUAUACAUAACUAGCUAGGAAAUACAACACCAAUCAUUUUUUGUAUUGGUGGUUUUCAAUUUUUAUGGCAUUUCAUCAUUUAUAGUUCAAUUGCUGAAUCCUAUCUCUUUAACAUAAUUUAUAUGUAAAAUAAUGAUUUUUUUCUUUGAUAAUUACGUAGAAGACAGAUGCAUAGUUACAUAUGAAACCUGUCAAAAUAUUAAAACAUUUUAAGGUGAUAUUAAGGGAGUUGUCUCGCUCAUAUUAGCAUUAAUUGGUACAAGGAAACUAUUAUGACUUAUAUGUGAAAGAUAUAUUGACUGCCUUUGUAUUUGUGUAAAAGAAAACAACUAAAACUCCAUCAGAUAUUCAGUGUUUAUAUAUGAAUUCAAGUCAAAUGUAUCUAAAGAAAGCACUAUAUUAGAUUCACUAAUUCACUAUGUUAGAUUCACUUUCAUUUCCAGUUACUGUAAAUUAAACUUACUUCUCAUUUCCUAUAAUAAACAUGCCAGUUAGAAUUUUUACAUACACUCAAUAUUCCAAAUUCCUCCCUUAGGUACAUUCAGGUGAUUCCCAUUUACUUCAGUGGGAGUGACUCACAAGCAAAAUUCGAAUUGAUGGCAAAAUUAGAACUGUUAGACCAAAUGCAUGCUUUGAUGUGCCUUGGCCAACACCAGCAAAGCUGUAGUUAAGUGAGAACUGUGGGCCACAGAUCUUCUACCCUGCUUCCAGUCAAUUCAGCUCCAUUUAAACCAGCAGUACUCAUACUCCUUAGGUCCCCCAUGGACAGAGCUGUUAAGGAAGCAUUGCAGUACACAGUCUAUACAUACUAGUAAACCCACUGCCCCAGAAUCCCACAUUUUAUUGAGACUACUUCAGCCUCUAGCAAGAAUAUUCUGAGGAGCGAAUGGAGAUGGGUGGGCUGUGUAGCUCCACGGAGGUCAUAGUCAGGUCAUAGUCAGGUCCAUUUUUUUUAUUAUUAAGCAGCAGGAAAUAUAUCUAACUAAAAAUUUAUAGGGUAUUUUAAGUAGGACUCAUAAUCUCCCCAAAGUUUGAGAACUUGAAACCCAGUCCCAUGCCUGUAUGGAGCUCCAGUGACUUAAGCCAUGGUCUGUGCUGGUACAAAGCUUCUUCAGUAUAGGUCUGAUUGUGGGAACAGGGCCUACAGCUAUUCCUACACCAUUAAUGUAUGCCAUGUCUCCACGAAAUGCACCUAUAGCCUGUUUUUGGCCCUAUAUGUUGAAAACCAGAAACUACAUCAAGGUCUAAGUACAGAGAAUUACAGUUGAACCCAAUGUUCUUGUUAUAUUUCAGAGCCUGUAUACCACUGUGCACAUUUUAUAACAGAAUUAUUUCGUAGAAGUACAGCAAGUAUAAUAUUGCAGCAUACCAGUAACUAGUUAUUUAUCUUAAUAGAUGUAAAAAAGGUUUGAGAAUGGCAUAACCAAAACCACUUAUUGUCCUCUUAAAAACAUAAACCAUUUUUCAAAACUUGAUGGCACAAAACUUAUGUGUUAACCUUUUGACAAAAUUCUUCCCAUAUCACUGACCAAUAACACACUACUUUAGGUUAUUCAUGUUAUGCCAUGCCACUUUCUGCUAUCUGUGUAAUAAGUUUUAAAAGAGGUCAUUUUAAAACAUACAGGCCUAAAUUUACAAAGAUGUGUACCUAAAUAGGUGUGCACUUUUCCAUGCUCUCAAUGUAGGUGUGCACAUCUCUGAAGUGUGUGCAUUUGUAUAGGUGCAUACCUAAGUUUGUAUUCAAAAGUGCAAGGGCACUUAUGCACUCAUGUCUUUGAAAAUUUGAACCAUCAUCUUUACUACUUACAUUUGAACCUUUUUCAUAGUGUGCAUGAAACAGGCAUGCGAUUAAAUCAAAGUAAUAUUUGGACAGGUGUCAGUAAAAUGAGUAUCUCCUCCAACUUUAAUGAAGGUUUGAUUCAAUAUUAAUUCUUUACAAAAUGUAAAAUACAGUGUUAAAUGUAAAUUAUACAUCAAUAUGGGAUGACUAUAAUAGGUAAUAUAUGAGGGAUAAUAUAGUGCAAUUUGAAAUAUAUAUUAAAUGUAAUAUGUACAUUAGAAAAAUAGAGAUUCAUUACUUCCAAAAGUUCAUUCACUGAAAAGUGUUUUAUUUUCAACAGUAGCAGUCAGAUUUUGGGGGAAUAACUUUGCAACCAGUUUGUUGGCUCAUAAAUGUGUAGACUAUUUGCAUUUUUAGCACUGUGUGUUCUUGUGGUGAUGCAUAAAAAUGCAUGUAAGAUAGGUACUUGACCUGGCUCUUUGACCACAUCAGGAGGAAAAUAGUUAUGUAUCCCAUAGCUAUCUUUAAAAUCUGUGUUGAAAGACAGUGGCUCAAAAUCCAUUCUAGAAGUCUGGUAGCUUGUUUUAAAAAUUGGGACUGCUGAAUUCUGGGCAGGUUUUACACCCAGUGAUUCAAGUAAAACAACAAGCUCUGAGCUAUGUGGACACAAGCACUAGAUUAGAAUAGAUUCUUAAUAUGUAAGUAUAACUUCAGAACUAUCCUUGAUUUUAAAAAAUGAAUUAACCACACAAUGUCUGUUCACUCCACUCUAAUUUAUAUGAGAAAAUCAAAAAUAUACAACAGAAUAGUUAUUCUUCAGCUUUAUUCUCAGUCUCUAAUAAAAAGCAGAUCGAAUUACUGUAACCUUAAAUCCCAUAGCCAAUCCCCUCAUUAUAGUACUUCUGCAUAAUGCAUGAAGGUUAGAUCCGCUCAGGGGCAUAGAGGCUGAAGGUCCGCAAAGCUGCAAAACUACAAUGGUUUUCUUAUGCUGGGGGAGAUCAGUGUUGGACAGCUGAAGGAUAGAAUGUAGCUAUCUAGUCCAAAAUUAUGUGUAUUUAAUAUUCACAAACCCCUAUGUAGGGCUGCACGGGAGUGCCAGCUCUAUUCUAGACCAAGGGUUGGAAUAGUGGUUGUGAAAGGGCUGUCCCAUCUCAAUCCCGCACAACUUCUACAUAGCUCUCCUUACAAAGGGCUUGAUUGUACAAGAGAAAUUGCAGAUGUUCAGUACCUCUCAUGAUCAGGACCAUAACUUAUUUGUUCAGGUUUGGUCAGGUCAGGGAAAGGCACUUAAGUUAGGAAACAUUCACCUUGGUCCUCAGAUGAGAGAUACAGUGAGCAUGAGUUCUGAGAACGAAAUCACCUUCUGUCUAAGACUGGUGUGAUAUGAGCUACGCCUAUAAAAAAUAAUCUUUCAGAGAGCCUCCUGUGAGACAGAAAUUAUCCUUUGUGAAUCAUUAGAGUGAGUAAUUUGUUCUAUAAGCAAGACCUAUGGAAACCGGUGUUGCUCUUCAGAGGUAAUAAGAGGUUCACCUGCAGUAAUUUCCAUAGCCUAAUGAAGGUUUUUUUUUUUCUUUUUAGCAGUGCCAUAGCUUUGAAAGCAUGUCUGUGUAGACUUAUACAGCACUAUCAUGUAGUUGCAGAGUAGGGAUGUUGAUCUCUAAAUGAAGGUAUACAGUGUGGGAACUGUGACUAUCCAAUAACGUUGGUACAAACUGAGACUCAUAUUCUUCCUGAUUAAGACACGGAUGUGGGAAUUGUGUGUGGAAAAAUAUGGACACCUUCAGAUCUGAGAGUUUAGACUAAAUGAUGCAUUCUUUUGCCUGAGACAAAGAACAGGGGAAAAGGGUGUCAUCCUCACAUAGUGACAAAUGGAAUGCCCGUUUUCAUCCGUUAAAGAUCAUUGUUUAUUGAGCACAUUGUUUAUUGAGCUAGAUGCACAAAGGAGGCUGGUGAGUCCUUCAAUGGGCUUGCAGUCCAAGGCCCUGAUCCUGUGUGAGCUCUGGAGUCACUGAAAUAAUUGAUUUCUGAAGAUUUAGAGCCUCACAGAAUCAGGUCCUAAGAUAAAACAAAACAGCACAGACUGUUAGAUGCAAGAUGCAGGCCUGAAGUUGAGAAAGAGGAAAAUGUUUCAGUUGUCUGGAGAUUUGUUGUUUGUGUAUAUAGAAUAUCAGGAUUGGAAGGGACCUCAUGAGGUCAUCUAGUCCAGCCCCCUGCUCAAAGCAGGGCCAAAUCUCCAAGUUUUGCCCCAGAUCCCUAAAUGGCCCCCUCAAAGAUUGAACUCACAACUUUGGGUUUAGCAGGCCAAUGCUCAAAACACUGAGCUAUGACUCCCCUCUUGUAUGUUUUACCGGAGGAUUGGAAUGAAGGCAGGCUGGUCAUCUGGUGCACAAGAAGAGAGAGACUUGUAAUUGUAAAAACAGGAUGGAAGAAUAACCAUCCAUUUCUUUCAACUUUUGACAUCUAGAGUCUGGUAGAUAUUUGGAAAGACUCCCAUUAAAAGAGAUAUUGUCAUGUUAAAAAUAUUGUCCCUUCCACCUUCCACCUUCUCAGACAGAUGACAUUAAAACUAGGUAGAUCUCUGACAGGAAGUAUGAAAGUGUGUGUUUGGUGGAAGGAGAAGUUCAACUCACAGUGGCAUUGGUUUUGCACAUGGAGAGGAGGCAGAAUACGCACAUAGCCUCCUAUCCUAACCAAGCCUGACAGGGAUUCCACUCAGAAGUUAACACCAACAAUCAUCUUCUACUUUGAACAAAACCACUUUCAUUCUCUGCAGCCGAACACCAUUAUGAUCUUCAGAGGGCUUAGAGUUAUGUCUGAAAUGAAUGUCUGGUCUUUUCCAGUUCCCUCAGCACGAUCUCCUUCACCAGACAUCCCGUCUCUACACUCAAAUGCUGUAGCAGCAUUUUGGAUCACACAAGAGCAAGGGCAACAUUUUCAAACUCUGGAGUCUGAAGUUAGAAGUAAACAAAUCUGGAUUUAGGUGUCUAUCUACAUUUGUAUAUGGUCAGUCAUCACUAUAAUAUCUGAGCACCUAAAAAUAAGUGUCCUGAUUUUCAGAAACAUUGUGAACCUGCAAUUUCCAAUAAAGUAAGACAAGUUGUGGUGAGCUCAGCAUGUCUGAAAAUAAGGCACUUAUUUUGGCGCCUAAAUAUAAAUUUAAACAUGCAUACUUGAAAAUUUGUAUCUUUAUGAUCAACUUAUUUUAGUACACCACUAAGCUCCUUUCUCUAAUGAGACCGACAAUUUUUUGGAACAUUGUCCAUAAAUUUGUGUGCCAACUUGUGUGAUCCACCUAAAACAGAUUCAGGCCUCUGCUUUGGUUACCUGUGGGAGAAGAGGGGUUGUUCAUAUUAUCUUUGCCAUAGAGGGAGCAAGGUUUAUAGCAUACAAUGCAUUCCUUACCAAUGCUACUUCAUGUGAUGAUGUAUUGAAGUACGUAAGAAACAAAAUCUUUGUAUGGUAUAAACAACUUUUGAAAUAACUGAACCAUUGUGAAGCUAAAAUAGAUAUACUGUAUUUUGUUGUUGCUUUGAUGUAAUCAUCACCUGUCUCUUUCUUUUGAUGAAACAUUAGUUUAAUCCGAAAUAAGAUAAAUUGAUUUCACUGAGUGUUGUAGAUUCUCAGUACCACUAGA